AUGCUGUGGUUGCUGUUGGUUCUGCCCAUGUGGGCGGGGCCUCAGCAAACUGACUCUGCCCAGUCCAGCGAACGGCGAGUUGUAGCGCACAUCCCAGGUGACAUCAUCAUCGGGGCACUGUUUUCUGUCCACCACCAGCCUCCCGCCGACAAGGUCCACGAGCGGAAGUGUGGCGCGGUGCGCGAGCAGUACGGCAUCCAGCGGGUGGAGGCCAUGAUGCACACUCUGGACCGCAUCAACGCCGACCCCCGCAUCCUCCCCAACAUCACCCUGGGCUGCGAGAUCCGCGACUCCUGCUGGCACUCGGCAGUGGCCCUGGAGCAGAGCAUCGAGUUCAUUCGAGACUCCCUGGUCUCCUCCGACGAGGCCGAUGAGUUCGGGGGAGGAGGCGUCUGGGGGGGAGGGGGAGGAGGGACGAUGAGGUGUGCGGACCCCUUGGCCACCCCGAUGCGCGGCAAGAAGCCCAUCGUUGGUCUGAUCGGGCCGGGGUCAAGCUCAGUGGCCAUCCAGGUCCAGAACCUCCUCCAGCUGUUUAACAUACCGCAGAUCGCCUACUCUGCCACCAGUAUGGACCUCAGCGAUAAGAGCCUAUACAAGUAUUUUAUGCGAGUUGUGCCUUCAGAUGCCCAGCAGGCCAGAGCCAUGGUGGAUAUAGUGAAGAGAUACAACUGGAGCUAUGUGUCUGCCAUACAUACUGAAGGUAACUAUGGAGAGAGUGGGAUGGAAGCGUUUAAGGACAUGGCCGCCAAGGAGGGCAUCUGCAUCGCCCACUCCGGUAAGAUCUGGAGUAAUGCUGGGGAGCAGAGCUUCGACCGCCUGCUGGAGAGACUUCGGGCCCACCUGCCCAAGGCCCGGGUGGUGGCGUGCUUCUGCGAAGGCAUGACCGUCCGCAACAUCCUGAUGGCCAUGAGACGGCAGGGACUGGUGGGAGAGUUCCUCCUGGUCGGCAGUGACGGCUGGGCAGACCGGUACGAUGUGACGGACGGCUUUGCUAAGGAGGCGGCGGGCGGCAUCACCAUUAAGCUCCAGUCAGCAGAUGUGAAAUGGUUUGACGAGUACUACCUUCAACUCCGGCCUGACACCAACCAGAGGAACCCCUGGUUCCCCGAGUUCUGGCAGCACCGCUUCCACUGCCGCCUUAAGGGCCACCCACAGGAAAGCUCCAAAUAUAACCACACCUGUAGCAAGCAUGAAUCUCUUCGGCAGCAGUAUGCCCAGGAUACCAAGAUGGGUUUUGUCAUCAAUGCUAUCUACUCAAUGGCAUACGGGCUGCACAACAUGCAACAAACCCUCUGCCCGGGCUAUCAGGGCCUUUGUGAUGCCAUGAGGCCUAUAGAUGGCGCUACACUGCUCGACUUCCUGAUGAAGACCAACUUCACGGGCGUGUCGGGGGAAGGCAUCCUGUUUGAUGAGAACGGAGACUCGCCUGGCAGAUAUGAAAUAAUGAACUUUAAGAAGAUGGGGAAGGAUUUCUUUGACUACAUAAAUGUGGGCAGCUGGGACAACAGUGGGCUGAAGAUCGAUGACGAUGAAAUAUGGCCCAGCAAAGAUGGCCUCAUCAAGUCGGUUUGCAGCGAACCCUGUGACAAGGGGCAGAUAAAGGUGAUCCGUAAAGGUGAGGUGAGUUGCUGCUGGACCUGCACACCCUGUAAGGAGAAUGAGUUUGUGUUUGACGAAUACACGUGCAGAGCCUGCGACCUGGGCUCCUGGCCUACUGAUGACCUCACAGGCUGUGACCCGAUCCCAGUGGAGUACCUGCGGUGGGGGGAUCCUGAGCCCAUCGCAGCCGUGGUGUUUGCCUGUCUGGGUCUGAUGGCCACUUUCUUCGUCACGGCGGUCUUCAUCAGAUUCAGGGACACUCCUGUGGUGAAAUCGUCCAGCCGAGAGCUGUGCUACAUCAUCCUGGCGGGGAUCUGCCUGGGUUACCUGUGUACCUUCACCCUCAUAGCCAAACCCCAUGCCAUCCACUGCUACCUCCAGCGUCUGGGGAUAGGCCUUUCACCCGCCAUGAGCUAUUCUGCCCUCGUCACCAAGACCAACCGCAUCGCACGGAUCCUGGCUGGCAGCAAGAAGAAGAUCUGUACCAAAAAGCCUCGCUUCAUGUCCGCCUGCGCCCAGCUCAUCAUCGCCUUCCUGCUCAUACUGCUCCAGCUGAGCAUCAUCGUAGCUCUGUUCCUCAUGGAGCCGCCACAGGUGAUACAUGACUACCCCAGCAUCCGCCAGGUCAACCUCAUCUGUAAUACCACUAACCUGGGAGUGGUGGCCCCGCUCGGAUACAACGGCUUACUCAUCCUCAGCUGCACCUUCUACGCCUUCAAGACGCGCAACGUCCCGGCAAAUUUCAACGAGGCUAAGUACAUAGCCUUUACCAUGUACACCACCUGUAUUAUCUGGCUGGCCUUCGUACCCAUUUACUUUGGCUCCAACUACAAGAUCAUCACCAUGUGCUUCAGUGUCAGCCUCAGCGCAACUGUGGCCCUCUGCUGCAUGUUUGUACCCAAGGUGUACAUCAUCCUGGCCAAGCCUGAGCGUAAUGUGCGCAGUGCCUUCACCACCAGCACAGUGGUACGCAUGCACGUGGGCGACGGCAAGUCAUCCUCAGCCGCUAGUCGCUCCUCCAGUCUGGUCAACCUGUGGAAACGGAGGGGAUCUGCUGGAGAGACACUCAGCUCCAAUGGGAAGUCGGUUUCCUGGGCACAGACGGAGCGCAGCAGCUCACGUGGUAACCACCUGUGGCAGCGCCUCUCCUUCCACAUCAAGAAGAAGGAGAACAACCAGACUGCUGUCAUCAAACCCUUCUCCAAGACCCCUGAGGGACGCUACUGCGGAGGAGGAGACCUGCCCCCCCACGAACCUCUGCCCUCCCUUCCCGCCCACCCACAUGCAGGUACUGACAAGACGCUGUACGAGCUAUCCGAAGCCGAAGAGAGAUACCCGGUAACCUACCAGCCGCAGACUCCUUCACCCAUCAGCACUGUGAGCCAGAGACUCGGAGCGGGUUUAGCGGCUGGGUUGGGAGAGGAGCCCCAGGUACUUGGCGUGCCAAAGUACAUAAGUCAUAGCGGCGGCGGUAAUGGCAUUGGCGGCGAUAAUGGCUGUGGCAGCAACGGCGGUGGUGGUUGUGUCGUUGCCGGGGGCGAUGGUCACAUGGGUGCCGGAGGUGCCAUCGCGGGGGAGUGUCAGAGUUCCCUAAUGGAUCAGAUCAGCUGCGUGGUGAACCGCUUCACUGCCAACAUCAGCGAGCUCAACAGCAUGAUGCUUUCGUCCUCGCCGACGCACGCUCACACACACCCGCCCGCUGCCUCGCACCCCACCGACCCUUACCUAUUACCCCGGGAGCUCCACAUGCCCCCCACCCUCACUACCUACGCCGAUGUGCAGCCCCUGCCUCCCGUCGAAUCAGGCUUGGGCGGGCGGGUUGGCUGCCUCCCCCACCCCAUCCCUCCUUCUCAUUCACCGUACCCUCUGCCGCCCCACCCUCACCCCCAGGCCUCCCCCGCGCCCUCUCCAGUGCGAGGAGGCCUCGUUACCUGCCUCACAGACUCCCCGCUGAGGAGGGUGGAGUUAGAGGAGGAGCUCAUGGCCUUGACUCCUCCCUCCCCUUUCCGCGAUUCUCUGGCGUCCAGCAGUGGCUCCCCGGUCUUGGAGAUGGGUCUGUGUCUACCCCCGGCUCCCUCCCACCCUCCCCCGUCUCCCCCCUCGCCCAGGUACAGCACACUGACUCUCAGAAACUACAGUCAGAGUUCUUCCUCACUGUGA